AUGGCAUUUGAGGGAGCCCAAACGGAAAUAGAGAAGCAUAUCGGAGAACUUUAUCGUCAGAGUCAUAUCGCCUCGGCUGCUCAAUGUGUGUCUGCGGAACUUCGUCAACAGCGUGAGCCCUCCGCAAAGAAAUCAUCCAUACCCGGCUAUCUCGUGAUGGUAUUGCUGCAGGAGACACUAGGUAGAUUUUCAUCACAGAGUCGAGCCAGCGAGCCCUAUAGUACGGCUAGCCAAGCCCGGGCACACGAGGAAUCCUUACGACCAUUUGUCAUCGGCGAUGAAGGUCCAGGAUUGCUCAAGUCGUGUCGCUCCUGGGUCGUCGAAGAUGAAGUAGUAUCCAGGUUGAAUGACUGGAUGACCAAUGAUACCCGGUCUGGCACGUUGUGGGUGUCCAGCGAAUACGAGAUGCUAUUGCAGUUUAACGAUGACGACGAGGAGUUGGACAUAGAGAUGGGAGGCUCAUUUGUGUAA